UUCAGAGAGUCCCUCAUGCUGUUCAACUCCAGCAUUUCAACUGCACAGAGCCAGCAGUCUGUGGCUAGUGUGGUUGCUCACGAGCUCGCACAUCAGUGGUUUGGAAAUCUUGUUACCAUGGAUUGGUGGUCAGAUCUAUGGCUUAAUGAGGGUUUUGCCACAUAUGUCUCUUACAUUGGAGUAAAUCAUGUAGAACCAACAUGGCACAUGUUGGACAAGAUUGUAACAGAGCAAAUGCAUCCUGUUUUGGAAACAGAUGCCCUCAACUCUUCGCAUCCUGUGUCAGUAGAAGUGCAAAAUCCUUCCCAGAUCUCUGAAGCAUUUGAUGAAGUGUCUUAUAACAAAGGUGCCUGCCUAAUUCGCAUGUUAAACCACAGCCUUACAGAAGAAGUCUUUAGAAGUGGUCUUACAAAUUACCUUAUUAAAUGGACGUGGUCGAACGCCAACCAGGACGACCUGUGGGCGUCGCUGACAGAGGCCGCAGGCAACGUGAGCGGGCUGCUGCCGGCCGGCGCGUCCGUGAAGGCCGUGAUGGAGACGUGGACGCUGCAGAAGGGCUACCCGGUGGUGAUGGUGCGGCGCGACUAUUCGGCCGGCUCCCUUCACCUGUCGCAGCGCCAGUUCAAGCUCGAGGGCACCGACGGCGCCGGCGCGCGCGACGACAGAGCGCUCUCGUGGUACGUGCCGGUGAGCUACGCGACGGGUGAGGACGUCAAGUGGUUGCAGGACACGCGGCCCCGCGCCUGGCUCACCCCGGAGCACAGCGACGGACUCAACAUCUCGGCGGUCACCGCGCCUGGCUCCAACACCUGGCUGUUGCUCAACGUGCAGCAGACAGGCUACUACCGCGUCAACUACGACAGCGCCAACUGGCGCCUGUUGAGCGACCUGCUGCAGACCGGGCCGCUGGAGACGGUGCCGGCCGCCUCGCGCGCGCAGCUGCUGUCCGACGCGCUCAACCUGGCGCGCGCGGGCCUGCUCAACUACGACACGGCGCUCAACCUCACCUCGUACCUGUCGCGCGAGACGGACGCCGUGCCCUGGAAGGCGUUCGUGCGGGCCUACUCCUUCCUCGACGACAUGCUGCGCGACUCGCGCGAGUACACGCACUUGCAGGUGGGGGUCGGGCGUCUGGAGACUACGGUCGCAGUCGAUCGACCGCUGGCUACCGGACGACUGCGAGAGAAAUCGUCCGAC